AUGGGUCAUAACUGCCUGUUUUGUGCCUCGCUUCAAAGAACGGAGGGUCACUGGGUUAAAAAUCUUUGUGUGUGGUGAAAAUUUGUAAUAUUUGUGCAUCUUAUUUUGAGUGGAUUUAUGAACUGGUCUUUCAAAUGACAGAAUACAAGCUUGUGGUUGUUGGAGCUGGUGGCGUAGGCAAAAGUGCAUUAACCAUCCAACUUAUACAGAAUCAUUUUGUAGAAGAAUAUGAUCCUACAAUAGAGGAUUCUUACAGAAAACAAGUGGUAAUUGAUGGAGAAACAUGUCUACUAGAUAUCCUAGAUACUGCAGGACAAGAAGAAUACAGUGCUAUGAGGGAUCAGUAUAUGAGAACAGGAGAAGGAUUCCUUUGUGUAUUUGCUGUAAAUAAUACAAAAUCAUUUGAAGACAUUAAUCAGUAUCGAGAACAGAUCAAAAGAGUAAAAGAUGCAGAUGAAGUGCCAAUGGUCUUGGUAGGAAAUAAAGUAGAUUUACCGACACGGACAGUAGAUGCAAAGCAAGCAAGGCCAGUAGCCGAUAGUUAUAAUAUACCAUAUGUAGAGACCUCAGCCAAAACAAGACAGGGUGUUGAUGAUGCUUUUUAUACUCUAGUGAGAGAAAUUAGAAAAUAUAAAGAAAGAAAAGGUCCAAAGAAAGGAAAAAAGAAGCCAAGGUGCUUAUUAAUAUGAAGACAAGAACAUUUUAAAUUUUUUCUGUCAUUUUUGUAACAUUUUUUGUAAUAUUAUGUUUAACAGCUGUAAUCUGUUCCUCAAUAUUGAUUUGAGGGAUUUUGAGUUUUAUAAGAGAAAAAUAUUUAUUUCGGGGGCAUUUUAAAAUAAAAAAUGACAAUUUUGUCUGCAGGCACUGUACUCAGUUUUCGUUAUCUCAUAGCAUAAUAUCAUUUGCACAUAUAUAUGUUAAUACAUUUGGGUUAUUUUUCUAAGGGAAAUAUAGGUGCCUCGGUGGCUGUGUGGUCUAAGUAGUUCAUCUACAGCAAUCACUAGCCAGUCAACACUGAGGUUGUGAGUAAGACCCCUGCAUGUGGCAAGUGCUUUCAAGUCUAAUCUUUAUUGACUAAGAUUGCCAGUUUUCCGGCCAAAGGUCCAUAGUUCUCUCUGGGCACUUCAUCUUCCUCCGACAAUUGAACUGGCCGCCACGAUACAGCCAAUAGUGCUGAAAGUGGCCUUAAACACCAAUAAUCAAUUAUAAGAAAAUAAGGGGGAAAUGUUCACAUAUAAAAAUGUUAACAUUUACAUGAGAAGAAUACUGCCUAGUAUCAGUAAAAUCUCGUAAAGCAAAGUUUAAAUAUUUAUUCAAUGAAUUACAUUUGUGGGUAUGGUUAGUUUCUAGAUAGUUUACUCCUUUGUGAAUAUUUAUAACAGAGCACCUUUUUGCACUAGUCCAUACUGUGUAACUAGUCAUGUGUCUGUAGUGACGUCCUGUGUCCCUCAUUUGUAAAUCAUCACUUCAGCUUUUGAGUUUUCAAGAUUUAUAUGGGAAAUAGAUACAUAUAAGUAAGGUCUUGUCAACUUUAGAAUCUAUAGGGGAUUAUCUGAAAAUAAUUUGUUCAAAGUAUUAAAACAAGAAUCUUCUCAAAUUUAACACAAUUUUAUUGUUUUUAAGAAAGUAAGGAUAUUGUUUUAAUGAAAUAUUUUUGAUAGGACAAAAUCAGUUGAAGCAUAGUACGGGCAGACAUUCAAUUUUUAUAGCUAAUUAGCAUAUGCAUUAGGUCUCAAAUUUAGGUGCAUUGUUGCUUUUAUGAAUGAAGUACACAAGAUAAUAUCAUAAAUUGUGUAUGUCUUGUAGGUGAAUGUUGCACAUUCAUAAAGAAAAUAAUAUUUGACAUACAUGUUCAUGUAUAUUUUCACCUAAGGUAGAUAAAAUUCCAGUUACACAUACAAAUCAUAAAACAUUGAUUUAUUAUAAGGCAAAAAAACUAUGUGAACAAUGGCACAAAUAUUUUUCUUGUAUUUUGUUUUUUGUUGGUACCAUUUUGGUUUUAAUAUGUGAAUAAUUUGUACUUGUGUAGAAGUAGUAACCUUACUGAUCCACACAGAGCAAGAAAAGGGCAAAUUUAUGAGGUCCAGUGACCAAAACAUUUAAAAAAUUGGACCAAAACAUUAAAAAAAUUGUUUUUGAUGUUAUUGUAAUUAGUAACCAAUAAAAUAAUGGGUUUUAUAUUUUUAUUUACAUAACUUAUAUUUGCACAACAUGGUAAUACAUGUACAUUUAUUUAACCCACUUUUUCAAAUUGAUUUAAACAUAAUGAAAUUUAGAUUGUUAAUAUUUUACUCUUAAUCUUCUAAAAUAUCAGUCAAAUUAAUGACUUUUCUUUAAUUUUAUAUUUAUAACUUAUAUGUACAUCAGGUAGUUUUUUAAUUAGAAACAUAUUAAUCUAGACUCAUUAUUGACACGAAAAAAGUUUUUUUCUAUCUGCUUCAAUAGCAUUUAUUUUUUUUAGUAGCAUUUAAUUUGAUUUGGAUAUUCUUAUUUUAAUUAGCUGUUUCAAAAUAUUGUUAUAUAGAAGUAGAAUUUUUAUACCAUAAUUAAUUUACAAUAGUUAAUUGGAAUGAGCCCAGGUUAUGAUAUAUAGGCCUUUUUUUGUACUUGAAAAUUUAACUGUUGCUAGUUUUGGCAAUAUUAAAAAUGAAUGGUUAAUAUAAUUACAUGUAUUUAAAAACAUUGAAUUGUUUUAGUAAUAUUUCUUCUCUUUCUGGUUCUGGUUCUUAUAAUUGUACGUGAAAAUGUAUCCCCGAUAAUGACAAUUCAAUAAUUACUGUGAAAGUUAGCCAAUUAGCACCUGUUGGGUAGUAUUUCUUUCUAAUGAUGUGGUAAUACCAAAACAUAUGAAACCAUUGACCACAUGCAGCCUGAAACAAAUUGGCUAUUUUUAGUUCAGAGUAGUUUGUUGAACUGUUAAAAAAGCCAAAUAAGCUUUUUUCUUAUAUUAGGUGUUAUACAGAAUCAGCUGUUGUUAGUUUAUAUAGAAAUAAUUUACUGCAACCCAGUGGGCUCUUCUUUUUGUAGAAUUUGAUUUAUAUUUAUAUUCAAUUUGUAUUUUUCUAAGACUGACCUUCUGAAUUAAAUUUUCCAACCUUUUUUUUUUAUAUUUGUUCUCAUGUUUAAAUUUUGUAUAUAUUGGAUUAAAGUUCAAAAUUUCUUUAAAUCAUAUAAGAAUAGAUACAAUUAAAAAUAAUAUUAAUAUCUACAUAUGAACUGUUCUAUACCACAAUUGUGCUAUGUAGACAGUCAGUUUGUAUUGACUGUAAAAAACAUUUGUAAAUAUAUAAGAAUUUCUUAUAACUUUAAUAAAAUGUUUUGAAUUUGAUAAGUUUAUGUGGUUUUUGCAUUGAUCCAAAAUUUAAAAAUUAAAAAAAAAAAUACCAUCUUUUGAAUAGUUAAGAAGUGUCUCAAUACAAGAGGAGCGACCAUGCAGUGUCUUGGAUAGAAAUUUUCUUGAUACAUAGUAAGAAACAGAUAUAAAGGCUGGACAAGGACUUGGCAUUUCUACAGAUUUCCAAGUCUCAGAUUUUUUUUAACUGAUGAUUUAUUGUUAUUCCAUAUAUAUGAAAAGAUCAUGUAUACAUUACUAACUUUUUUAGGCAAACCAAUUGAAAUAGAAUGAUCACUUAAUUGAUUAACAUAAUUAAAAACCUCUAAAACACUUGCCUUUUGUUCCACAAAUAAAGAUCCUUUUAAUCCUGAGGUUCGAGUUUUUCACAUUUUGUAAAAUCAGAAUAAUGAUGACAAGAGAAGACAUUUUGAUCUUCAGUAUGUUUUUGGAAACAUUUGUAAAGGUAUUCACUUGUGAGUUGUUGAACUGGUUAAGAAAAUGGCUUAUAUGACAGCUGUCAGAGGAAAUUUAGGGAUUGAAAAGCACUCUAAUGUUGUGUCAAUAUUGAGCAUGACACAAAAUUCUUAAGAAAAAAGUACACUACUCAAAUAGCUUUCAUACAAAGAAAUUUGAUUUUAAAUGUUUCAAUUAUUUUUCCUUGUGCUAAUGAAGUUUAAAAUUAAAUGAUUCAUAGAAUCUGUUUUAUUACCAGUCUUCUGUAUAUACCUGUUAAGAAAAAGUCAGUUUAAAAAGAAAAUGUAGGGGAAGUGUUAAUCAUAAUUUUUAUAUUAAUUUGUUGGAUAUGGUCUGUGGUUACAUUGUAGUGUUAUUUUAUGUAUGCACAUAUUUACAUUGGAAUAUUUGUGGAUGCACUGAUAUUUAAAUGUGAAAGUAUUUGUAAUUAUACAUGUACUUUGUUUAAUUCAUCUAUUUAUCAGAUGAAAUCCCAUGUAUUGAUUUAUUUAGCUUUUGUAUAGUGAAAUGGUCAUAGGUGUAUUAAUAAUCUAAUAUCACUUUUGAUAGUAACAAUCCAUAAUUAGGGGAAGAAAAUUCUGUAUGUUAAGGUCACAAUAAAUUAAUUUACCAUCCUUAAGACUGCCUGUCCUCACUGCAAUGGCCAAGUCCCAAUUUUUAUCAAUUUUAUUUUUGUUAUCCUUGAAAACCAUUUUGUACGAAUCUACUUUCGCAUUUUGCACAUGUCUGAAUGUUCAUCUAUUAGUCAGUUCUCUCCCUUAGAUAACUUAUAUCAACAUCUACUUAUAAAACACGGAACAAAUCUCAAAUUGGUAUCAUUUUUUCUUGGGGGAAAUCAUUGUGAUCUGUAUUAUGAAGUUUGUGAUUACAGUCUAAAUUGAGAAAAACAUAGUAGUUUUAUAGCCACCAGUUAUUUAAUGGGAAAAUUAUUCACAAAUAAAAAACAGAAAGGAGUGAAAUUCCGAUUAAGCAUGUUAUCCUAAUACCCUGCAAAAGGAAAUCCUAUCACCUACCCAAUUUUUCUGGUGAUGGGUGACUAAAAAUCUGAAAAUUAACAUAAUGUGGCCUUAAUGGAUUUGUUUUAGAUUAAGUAUUAUUUUAUUAAAACUAGCAUAGAUGAAAGAAAAAAAACUAAAAUCUUAAAACUUUUCAAUGUUCUCACAGAACUGUAACAACCAUUUUUUUCCAACAAUUUUACUUAAAUAUUUUUCUUAAAAUUUGAAGAGAAGAAAUAGAAAAAAGAGAAAUGAGAUCCAAAUAUUUAUUUACUUAUCUAUUAUCUCAAUGUUGUCUUACUUAUAAACUUUAUAAUUCAUUUAUAUUUAUCAACACAGAAUACCUUUAAAAAAUGAUGACAUCAGUGAAAAGAAGUGAUUUGAGUGUUUUUGAUAUAUUGUAUAUUUAUGAUCUGAUUUGAGGAUGUUCUAUUACAGCUCAAAUAAACAUUCCUCAUCAUAA